AUGGAUGGUUCCCGGCAACGACUUUCCAGACCGGAGCUUCAGCCUGGUCCAGACUCCUAUGCCUCGGCGUCCUCGCGCAACCCUUCCCCUUAUUCGAAUCUCGGCAGCCGUUCGCAUGUGAACCUUUUGAACAACAGUCCCGACUUAGAAGCCGACCCACGAAUUAUCUUUCUCUCUCGAAAUAAUGACUUGGUCGAGGACCAUCCCAGCUUGCCGGAGCAUCCUCCAGGUGUCACCUUCACUGCCGUCUCAGACAUCAGUAGGAGACGGUUGGCGCCGUUGGAUUUCUGGCCCCCGAUUUUGAAAUGGUAUUCAACAAUAUUCCUGACGGUCCUAUAUCUUGGCACAGCCGGUGCAAUUUUGGCGCUGUGGCUCGUAGCUGGAACCAAUGGUCAAUACCACUUGUCGAGCGAAAAUGUGCGCAUGAUAUCCCGCUACUUUCCUUCCGCUCUAGGUACCCUUAACGUGAUUCUAUUUCGCCAACUUGUCCGGGAGUACAUCAGAAUGAAACCUUUCGUGGCGAUGGCAGACCAAGGUGAAACGGAGAGCUUUGGACAGGAGCCCAGCAAAAGUGUCAGUGGGGCUUUCUUUCCGUGGCAGGAUAUCUCGAUUACUCGAGGACCGACUUCGAUCAUCUCCCUGAUCUGUCAACUGUGGGUUGGAUUCAUAGUCAGCUUGAAGGUCGCACUGUUAGCCAGCGGUCCGGCCACCCUCGAACACACCGGCGAGCAAGCGACAGCGACUUGGACUCUGACACUCCGAGUGUGGCCAGCCUUCUUUCUCAUCAUCGGACAUGUCAUAAUGGCCGCUUAUGUGCUCUGGGUUGCCUAUCUCAACUCCGGAAAGUCGACUGGCCUCAGAUGGGAUCCUGUUACCAUCGCCGACUAUUGUGCUCUGUUUGCACACUGCAACGUUGCAAAGUACUUCUCAGCCCUCGAGUUACUUCACAACCGCAAAGCAAAGCAUGUCCUGUCGACAAAACAUCGUUUUCGACUGGGCUACUGGGAAAAGCAUAUUCCUGGGUCGCCUGAUCGAAGCCCUUUGGUAUAUGGCAUCGGCGCUACUUGGACUGCAGCAGAUCAUACGUCAACUCCGCUUAAAGCCAGCUGGUUCGAUCGAUUGAUUGGAAAUGAGAAGGGCCCUGCUCCAGUGGACGAUUGCAGUAAAUACACAGGUGACGAUGAACGUUCACUGGCACCUUGCAACCAAGGAAUAUGGCCAGAUUGCGAGCACUAUCCCUACCGCCAUAGCCCUGGUUGCGGAAAGGGCUGGGUCGUUCUGUCAGAAGCUAUGGUCUUGGCAGGACUUGCUGCUGCCAUCUAUGGGCUGAUCGAUGGCAUUGUUUUCCACGGAUUUCAUCUUCCAAAGGACUGGAGCAUCCCACCAGAUAUGUCGAUUUCUGCUGGUAGCCACACACUCAGAUUGCCGCCUAUCGACCCGACCGAUCCACAAUCAAAGCUCAUUGUGUACGCCUUGUUGUUCCGCUCCGUGCCUGUCUACGUGGCGGGCGUGUUCACGGCCACGAUUAUUGAGUGGGUGGACCUGAACAUGCGAUUCAUGCAACCGUUUAUCAACAUGUUUGGCAAAGCAGGGGACGCCGAAGAUACUGUUCUACUCGCCUACAUCACCACAUCUCCACUCCAGGUACCUAUCACGGCGAUCGCGAAGGGCCAUUACAAAGUCGCGGUAUUCUCAAUCUUGAAUACCCUCUCACCGCUGUUCCCAAUCUUCAUUGGUGGCCUUCUCCAGCUUGAGGACGAAGGCAAAAGAGUCAUGUUCACUUUCUCACUGUCAGCCUAUAUUGGUAUCAUGGUCUUUCUAAUUGGCUGGACCGUUGCAAUGCCAUUCGCAUUCCCUGUCCAGAAAAGGCUCCUCCCUCGCCAAUUCUAUAGCAUGGCGGAUUUGAUGGCAAUGUGCCACAAAUCCUUCUUCCUGCAAAGGCCUUAUCUCGACUUUGCGGACAAUACGCGCACCCCAUCAAAGGAAAUCAUGGAGGCUCGCAUCCUUAUGUCAGGAGACAGAUUCUUGUUCGGUCAUUACACAGACGACGAGGAUAGAAGGCAUAUUGGGUUCGACAUUCACAGUACUGUGGACUAUGACACCGGCGAAGUGAAGGACACCCAACUUGUGGUCGCCAUCACGCCUCGGGGUGAGAUAGACAAGCUCAUAAGCCAGACCUGGAGAACUAUGACGAGCAUGAUUCCUAAUGCAGGCAGGGUCCAGAACAGCGGCAAGGGUUUCGUCGCAUGGGUACGGCGAACUCUGCGAAGGCAACCAAAAGGCCCGGAGGGGGCGGAAAUGGACUUCCUAGCUCCCAGGGGAUCUGCCACUGGUUCACACCUAGAGGGGCAACAAGAGGCGCGGCAGCGACCCGUUGUGGCGUUCGCAGCGGAACUGAAUUGA